AUGUGGAGCCCCUGGUGGGAUGAACCGCCAUACGAGUCCCUGAUGGCUAUAUGCAUCAGUCACGGACUCUUUGAGGUGAUCAGACGUACAAGUGCAAACAACCAAAAACACACCCACGUUUUCUUGCAACUUUUUUUUGUAUUUCGAUAUUUUAUAUCACUAAAUCGUACACAAGCCCAGCUUAGUACCCCACCAGCUGUAUUUAAAUUUGGGGUCAUUUCGGUGCCAGAUCAAAGGUUCUGGCACCUUGUGCUGCACACAAGCAACCGCCGGCUCCAAGCCGUACCACCAGAGCAGCACGGCCAGCAGAGUAGCCGAUGCACAUCGAUCAUCAGAACAUCUCUUUUGGCCGAAGCCAUCGGAUGACCUAGAUUCAAGUGUUAUUAAUGUGAAUUAAUCUACCCC